ACUCAAAAACCCUUCCAACCUUGAGAGAGUUUCUCAACACUGUUGAAAACAACAAAUCAAAUCAAAUCAAGAUGGCGUCCCCUGCAGACCAAGAAGCUUGGACUCUGGAUUUCAUCAGGCAACAGCUCCUAACCGACUUCCCUUCCAUGGAUUCCUUCAUCUCCCACUUCCAACACCACCAAACCCCUUUGAAUUCAACUGUCAAAACAGAGCAAGAAACCACCCAGCAGCUGAUCAACAAUAACAGCAGCAAGCUGCAGGCUCCCUCUGUUUCUCUGUCGUCACACUCUCCUUCCUCCAGCUGCGGCAGCACUCUGAGCCAGAGGAAGCCGCCCAUGUCCAACAUCUCCAUCCCAAACACCAUCCCCAAGAUCCCAGCCCCGGCCCGGAUCCACCUUCACUCGGAUCUCGCCAAUUCCGACGAAAAGCACUACAGAGGGGUUCGGCGGAGGCCGUGGGGGAAAUACGCCGCCGAGAUUCGGGACCCCACCAAGAAAGGGGCCAGGGUCUGGCUGGGGACGUUCGACACCGCCGUCGAGGCCGCCAAGGCCUACGACAGCGCCGCCUUCCGACUCCGCGGCAGCAGGGCCAUCCUCAACUUCCCACUCGAGGCCGGCAGGAAUUCCGACGACGACUCUUCUUUCCAGGCGCCGCCGGAAUCGAGCGACUGCUGCGGCGGCGGGAUUAGGAAGAGGAGGAUUGGGGAAGUCCUGCUGCAGGAUGGUGGCGAGGGGAGUUUUAAGGCGGUGAAGGCGGAGAACGAGUCUUCGCCGGCGGCGGUGGGGCAGGGUGGGGAACCGGUGCCGUUAACGCCGUCGAGCUGGAAGGAGUUCUGGGACGGGGAAGCCAAGGGGAUAUUUAGCGUCCCGCCGUUGUCGCCGUUAUCUCCCUAUACGUUUUCCCGCCUGAUGGCGGUGUGAUGCGAUGGAGGAAAAAAAUUAAAAUUUCCCCCAAACAAGAAUUUAGCAAAAACGUGAGCGCGGAUCAUCCGGUGCCGGCCUGGAACGAACACGUGGCAGAGCUUCGGUCGGAUGACGUAGGAUAGUUUGCCACCUUCAUAUGUGUACAUAAAUAAAAUUAAAUAAAAAAAUAGACCGCAACUCCUGCUUGAAGAGAUGCUAGUUGUUCCAUUCCAUCUGUGCUUUGGUUGUGCUACCAAGUACCUAGGAAAUCGAUUGGGAUGUGUUUUCAGAUUGUAUUUGUUCCUUUAUUUGAUUCAUUUCAUGAGUUCAGUUCAGUUCACCUUUCUUUUCUUAUAUCAAACCAUAUAUAUUAAAAGUUAUGUUCAUCGGAAUCGUAUUUUUAUUUAGAAACAAAUUGUCAUGAUACCAACUGAACUUGCAUAUUUAUUAUUAUGGUAUUCCGUUGGUACAUAUUUAUUUUUUUUGUAUAAAUUUUUUACUGGUAUAAACUGAAAUAUAACUU